CUGGCAGAUGACGUACUUCCGCUCUGUAGCUGCUUAGCAGUGUGCUAGCUGCUGGCCGGCUAGCUUCUUGCCUCCCGUUCCUGCUUCUCCCGUUUAUGUCCAGUUUCAAAAAUGAUUAGCGGUGGGAGAAGCGCGGUGGUGGCCGGUGUGUGUGGAGCUUUGCUCGUCGCUUACUGCUUCUAUUUCGACAGGAAACGGCGGAGUGACCCUCAAUUUAAGCAAAAGCUGCGAGAGCGCAGAAGAAAGCUGAAUUCUUCAAACGUUCAAUCUAGUCAAUCAAAGUUUCCAGAUUUGAAGGACCCUGAAGCCGUGCAGAAAUUCUUUUUGAAGGAGAUCGAGCUGGGAGAGGAGCUGCUGUCACAAGGUGAAUUUGAGAAAGGCGUUGACCAUCUCACCAAUGCCAUAGCAGUUUGUGGGCAACCUCAGCAGCUGCUGCAGGUUCUCCAGCAGACUCUGCCUCCUCCAGUUUUUCAGAUGUUGCUCACAAAGUUGCCCACCAUCAGCCAGCGAAUCAUCAGCUCUCAGUCUUUAUCAGAAGAUGAUGUUGAAUAAGUUGGUGGAUGAUCUUCUUAUAAUUCCUAACUUUAAAUUUACUGUACAGAAUAAUGUGAAUGACUGCUUUAAGUUUGAUUCUGGUUUUAGGGGGCAUUGGGGGAUUGCGGAGUGCAUGAUUUAUUCUUCCCAACUCUUCAUUCACCUGAUAUAAAGUUUUCUGGAUUAUUGAAUGUAUUGGUUUGUGUGAAUGUGUCUACAUUAAAGAAUACGACUUUCUGCAAAUGUUUUUUUUUUUUUAAUGUAAAAUCCCUAAAUAAAGCAUGAAGACCUGUG